AUGUCUACCGUCCCUCAGGGCCCCGUUGAGGCACGAUCACUGUCGUCGGUCACCAAUAUCGCAUCGAAUCCCCCCGCCUACCCACGAAAUCCCACCCACGAGAAGCACGAACCACUAUCUCUCUACAUUGUGCGUGUGCCAGGAAGCAAAGACAUUUUCCUCUCACCUCUCAAACCUCCGACGAAAUCCAGUGUCUCUGCUGAGGCAAUUAACGCCUCUCUCUACUACCUCCAUGUCGCGACUCCCGACGAUGAUACCCUGCUCCAGGAAGUGGAGGAAGAGCGCGAAGAGCAAGCCAAAUUGCGCAAGGAGGCCCUCGAGAAAGCGGGCGUCGAUGACCCAGCACAACGCGAGUUUGCGCGGCUGAACAACGUGCGCCGGAAACCAGUUGGGGGAGGAGGGGACCUUAACCCCGGGCCUUUGCUGGCACCGCCUCAACAGGAUGCUACUGCUCCGCCCGCCUUGCCAUCACGUACAAUCCCUGUGCUGCAGGAUGCCACUGCUUCUCCGACCUUGCCACCACGGCCAAUUCCUAUGCCGCAGGUUACUGCGGAGAAUGUAUCUUUCGCUGGGACUCCAGUUGCCAACAUACAGCCUCCUUUCAGUAAAAAUAUGCCUGGAAGUGUAUCGGUAGAAUCAGGUGGUAAGAGCAGCACCCCGCGGCGACCUUUGCCUCCCUUGCCGCCUGGUGAAGAGUCAUGGACGAAUUCGGCAGCAGGCGAGGACCCCUCUAAAAGGACAUCCCGAUGGAGCGUGUUUGCCGAACAACUGCAAACCCGGGGAGAGAAUUGGAAAGAAAAGUACGAGGCAAAGUACGAGGCUCUGUCGGCUGGCCGUCAUAGCCUUGACUCUACUAGACCGAUAUUGCGGCCUCGUUCUUCGCAUAACCGUACCGGAUCACCGUUAGGAAGCCCUGGGCAAUCUCCUAACCGGCAUAGAAACACACAUGGCAACCCUCCUAGCAAUGCUGGCUUUCAUAUAACGCUCAUUCGACGUGAUCCUACGUCCGGCACACAAUGGAAUGUUGCAACUAUAUCGACCCCACGAAUGGACCGCAACACCGUAGAUAUCGAGAUUUCCACCCCGGGAUAUAACAGGUUCGCAGGCUCAAAUGAGAUGCCCUCAUUAUCCAGCCUGGCAGCCAAUAUCCCGACGGGAAUCGGACGCCUACCUAACUCCGCCAUUCCCCAAUCCUCGACAGCCGAGCAACCAAAGGAGCAGCCAGCCGGCCCACGCAAAUUCCACCGCCAACUUUGCGUAUCAAAGCCAUAUGACGACUCGAUUGCCACAGAUGGUAGCAACGGCCACACUCAAGAUAGCCCGUCCCCAUCCAAGCUAAAAAGCGGCUACUAUGUCUUCACUUCUCCCUGGAAUGGCAUAUGUACCUUCACAAACAGCGUGAACGGCCGAAGCCUCAAGUGCAAACACAUGAUACCAACACCCGGCGGCUUCGUCCCUCCCAAUGGCGAAGCAGAAGCACCCCCCGCCGUAACUGUCGCCGAGAUCCGCUUCAAUACCCCCUUCCAAGCAGCAAAUCUUCACUCGCACGCCCACCACGCAAUCCACAAACCCCAUCCAAGCCACCUCUCUCCCUUCACACAAAGCCAAAUCCAAAACCAGUCCCUCCCCCGCCUACACGACGACAACAACUCCAGCCUUGACGGAGGGCCACUCCACCCAUCCUCCUCCAACAACAGCCACGCAUCCGCAAAGCGCAACUCUCUCUCCCAACUCCUAAACCCAAACACCUACGCGCGGCCACGCGCGCACACAGGCCCAGGCUCGCACCCCCCACCUCUCUCUGCCUCAACCCCCACAGACUCGCGCGCAAACUUCAGCCCCUCAACCCUCCUCCGCAAAACGUCUAUGCGUGCCCAACGCUUUGCGCGCCAGAGCCAAUUCAAUCCCGCUUCUCAGCCCCACUCGCACCGCAGUACGAGUAACAGUAGUGGUGGGGAUUUGGAUCAUGAUUCCGAUGAGGAUCGCUUGGAUUUCUCGCUUGCGAGGGAGCCUGCUGGUGGUGGGUUAAGGGGGAAGAGUGCGAAAUUGGGGAAGUUGGUUAUUGAAGAUGAGGGGAUUAAAAUGCUUGAUCUGGUUGUUGCGGCUUGUAUGGCUGUUUGGUGGAGGGGAUAUUACUAUUGA